UUGAAACUGUUUUAAAAUUUUUUUUUUUAUUUUAGUAUUUAUUUUUUAUAAAAUUUUAAACCCUAAUUCCAAAACCCCACCCCUUAACUCUAAAUCCUAAAGUUUGGAUUAAUUAACCCAAUGGGUAUAAGUGUAUAUUUACCUCUUUAAUGAAACAUAUUUUUGUGACUUUGAGCCUUGAGUGCUACUUUGGGAACAAAAACUUGGUUUGGUGCUAUCAUAGUCUUUUUCUCAAUAAUAUUGCACGAAUUUUUUUUCUAAAUUGAUUAUGUUCCACUGAUUUAGUUUCCUGCAUAAAAUUCAAUCUAGUUUAGUAGUAUAUGUUAAUGUAUUGAUGGCUUAAAAUGGCUUUUUCCUAAGUUACAAAAAAAUGGCUUUUCCAAUAAAUUGCGUGCCGUGGUCCGCAAAUCAGAGAGGUGCCCACGCGGUUAUUUUAGUACAUGUCGUUUUGCUGCGAGACACUGAACCUAUUAGCAUCACAAUUAUAUUUUCUUCCUCUAUUGGUAAACAAACUAUAAACAGACACGACGUGCCCAAUGAUUAUAAUUUUCUCUUUAGAUUAAGGGCGAGGUAGAUUAGUAUAUAUAUAUAUAUAUAUAUUGAUUGGAAUAUUAAAAAUAAUUUUAUACUAUAAGUAAUUAAACAGAUGGAGAGUUACAUAGCAAUUUACCUAAGUUUGCUCAGAUUUACAGUCAAGCAAAUAAUUAGGACAUGUUCUAAUAAAAUACAAGUAAAAUAAACAAAAUAAAUCAUUAAUAUAUUUGAUGAAGAAAUAUACAAUAGCACAACAAGGAUUUUAACAUAUUUGAAAAAAUAAAUGAUCUGUACAGUUACUUAUCUUUUAUUCUAUAUUAUGGUAUGUAAAGAUAUAUAUACAUAUCCCCUUAAUUCUUAGUUAGAGUUUAGUAGGUCAGAGUCACGAGAUUAAAAUCUCAGCUUACAUACAUAUAUUUAUAUAUACGGAGGAAACAUCUUUUUAUUAUGUAAUACAUAAAAUUAAUUAACAAAAUAAAAUAAUAGGGAUGUUAUAUUAUAUUUUUCAGUUCAACAUAGUCUAAUCAAUUUCCAACUAAGAUAUUAAGCUAGAAUGUUUUGCUUCAUUGUAGUUUUUAGAUAUAGCUUUUUUUUUAACUAAAAAAGGUUAAAUCCGGGUCUAUUAAAGACACAUACCUAACCUUCCAGAUGGAAAGUGCAACCCACAGAUAGAUCCUCUUCGGAGUAUUCAAAUGGUUCGUAAGCAUGAGUCCAUAUCCACGUGGCCACAUGUGGAGCUAAUAAUUUCGCACUAGAAGAAAAUCGAUCCCUAGUCUGGACCAACAGGACAACUCCUCCUCUAGUGGAAACCACUAGGCCACCCUGGUGUAGUUCAUAUAGCUUAAACUCUCAUAAGUGCAAAGUCUUCAAAAAGAGAUCGAAUCAUGUACUAAUAUUUAAGCCUAACCGUGCCAAUAUUGCAAGUACCCAAACUGUCUCACAUGCGGUUGCGGAUGGCUUUAGUACCCAGCUUUUGCGCUUAAUAAUAGUUAGAAGAACAAAAUAUAACAUUUAAAAACACAUCUAUUUAAAAAUUAGAAUAAAAUAUGAUUACUUAGUUAUGUGUUGCUUAAAAAGUACCCAUUUUUGAAACUUUGUAUAGACCAAAGAACGUAAAGAUCGGGUUACAAAACCAAAGACACAUGGCUGCACAAAUGUCGGAGGACAAACACUGAUGAGAAGCAUAUUUUGUAUAGUUAUCGCAGCCAAUUCUAAAUUAUUUCUUUUUAUUAGGGAUUUGUGAGAAAUACAACAAAACUACCAGAGAAAAUGUUGGGACUAUGUUGUGUUACCGGUUUCCCGGCUUCCCACCGUUCAGACUUCAGAUUCAAUGCAUUUACUCCACCUUGCUUUCGGUAUUUGAUAGAUUCUUCCCCUCAGAAUUUCAAAUUAUUUAAUUGCAUUUGGACUUUCUGGCGAAUGGACCAUAAGUCCAUAACAACUCGGUCUUCACAGAACUAUUUUUCGGUUUUCUUCUUUUUGCUGAAUAUCUUUCAUUUUCAGGAUGAUUAUCCAGUUUAAAAGUUUUAGUUAAACAACAGUUUCUUUUUGUUCUGAAUUAAUUUAAUAUUCAUUUUAAACAAAACUAAUUCAAAAAUGAUAUGUUAAAAUGUCUACCUGUAACCCCAAGUAAGUCAAGUUUUCCAAAUAUAUCAAUGGCAACAACAUAUACGAAUUACUGCAUAGAAUUUUUGUGUAAGAAAAUUAUGAUAGAUUUGAAGUGUCUUCAAUUGUGGGAAUAGUUUCCGAAAAAUGACUUCCACUAGUUUACAGUUUUUUUUUUAUAUAUUAGUGAACAUACCAAUAUGUUUGUGUGUUUAUUGGUAACGAAAGGAGAUUGAUCUCUUGUGUAUUGGAUUCAUACUAUUUUAAUAUGAAAUAUUAUGCUUUAAAUUGGAAUUACUAAAGAUCGAUGAUUAUAAGAUUAAAAGCUCCAAAAGUAAUAUUAAAGAAGUAUAGAAUAAAUCCGUAAAAUUUUAUUUUUGAAUAAAUAUGUAAAAAAUUGAUUUUAAGUCUCUUUCUAGAUUUUUAGUCAUUUUAUAUAUGCAAGCUUUUUACUCUUUAUAUAUGAAAGUUUACUCCAAUGUAUUCUUUUAAAUUAAAUAACAAUCUCUCAUUAUAGAGUAUAAGACAUAUAAUUGUUUUUGCUUCCCCUAUUUAUACAAAAAAUAGUAGAAGUGAACUAGAGCAAUUUUACAUCUAUAUGAUAUUACAUGAAUAAAAAUAAUAAUGAGUUGGAAAUACUAUAAGAUGGUAUGUCUGAAUGACAUAUUUCUAUAUAAUACAUUAAGAGUGUAUUGUAUAUUGGUUUUGAAACUAUUUUUAUGGGAAGCGUGUAGCGAAAUUCUUACUCCUUUUAUUUUUAAAUAAGUGUUAUUUUAAUAUUUUUUAAACAGAUUAAAAAGUGAAUGAAAUGUAACUAAAUUUCUAUUAAUUACACAUGUUUGACCAAUAAUAUUUGAGAUGAAUAAAAUUAUUUAUAUAUCAAUGCAUUUUGUAAUUAAUUAAGCAGAAAGUAUAUAAAAUUUGCAUUAAAAUAUUAGAAUGACACUUGAUAUGAAAAAAUAAAGUAUCAUUUUUUAUAUAACAAGUUUUUAGAUUUUAAAACCUUAUCUCCAGGGUAAUUAUGGCUUCGACGAAAAAAUCAUCAUCAAUUAAGCAUCAUAUAAAUAAACAUCGAUAAUCAAUUUUAAAACUCAAAUAUUUUCUUUCUAAAAACAAAUAUGUUGCAUUAUACUAUAAAAAAUUCAAAUAUGUUAUGCAUCCGCGUAGACAUACCUUAUACACGGCGACCAAUCACUAUUAGGAACUUUUUUUCAGUUUCAUCUGGUCCAUGUACUAUAAGAAUCUAAUAUUAUACUUACGUCUUACGCGUUAAUUUUUUUUUUGUCAGAACGUUUAAGGAUAGUUUUUUGGAUCCAACGGAGGAAUUGAACAGUGGAAUAUAAUAAGAAUAAAAUCUAAUGGUUCAGAGUAUACAAACUAGUGGGGUUGAUGCAUGAAUAUGAAACUCAAUCAUCAUUGUAAUAAAAGUAUCUUAAAAAUUAGAAUUAUACUUGUUCGCAAGGAAAAAAAGAAUUAUAAGAUUAAUUAACUAUUGGAACGUGCCGAGAAAAAAUAACAAAGGAGGAGACUUUGGAUUUUUCUGGUGGUCAAGCCGGAGACAGUGGAGACAUUUGGAUCAAAGCGUGUCCCUCAUUGACUGAAUCUCAUUUAUUUGGCGCGUAUCAUAUGCAAGCUAAAAACAUUUAAAACACGUGCUAAUAUAUCAUGAAUUCUGAAACUAAAUUAAGUCUGUUUCAUGUUCUUUUUCUUUUAUCAUUAUCAUGAAUUUCUGAAACGAAAUCAAGUCUAGUUCAUUUUUCUGUUCAAAAACACAUCAUUUUUGGUUUGAUAUAGAAACUUGACAUUAAAGCAUCAAUAUGUGUAGAGAAGCUUUUAUAUAUAAGCAGUUAUUAUUAAGUUAUAAUUCAGAAUAUCAUUAGAAAUAAAUUGACAUUUGAGUAAUACCUUUUCUGUUUCCUAUUAAGUGUAAUUAUAGAUUUUAAAAUAUAUUCUAUUAUUAUAAUUUAUAUUUUCAAUGCAUUUUCUAAAUUAUCUUAUUUUUAGUUUACUAAUUAACAAAACAAACAAAUAAUAUACUAGUAGUUAGAGAUAAACAGAAAAUUUAAUAGGUUUUUUUAAUGUGUAAAAUUUUAAAUGAUAUUCAUUGAUUGUAAAACGGAGAAAGUAAAUAAAUUGACAUUAAGACAUCAAUUCGUGCAUUACAUCAAACUCGGAAAAAUAGUUCAGAAUUGAACUGAGCCGUAAUAAAGCUUGCGAUUCCUUUAGAAAUAAAGACCAAUAACUUACAAAAUUUUAUGUAGUGAAGUAUUUAUUAAGGCAUGCGUUUUUGUUUAAUAAUUCUACUUAAAAUGAUCAAAUAUUAUUUUCUUUACCAAAAGGAAGUUAAAAAUUGCAACCAAAACUUCACUAUGCUUGAAUUUAUAAUUUUGAAAAUAGCUUUAGUUACAAGAAUUUAAAAAUCAAAAAUAUCAUGCUUUCUAAAUAAAAUAGUGUAAACGUAAACCAUGAAAAAAGUGAAUGCGAGAAAAAAAAAGUGAAAAAAUGUGACACUGAGCUACGAGGGUUUAUGUUUCAGCGCUGGUUGGUCCCAGAUCGCGAACUCAUGAGUCAAUGACAGUGUCUAACUGGUUCAAACGCAGCGGUUGCGGUUGCGGAAGUUUGCGGAAGCGGAUGCGGAUAAUUGCGGUUUUUAGCGGUUUAAGAGAUUUGUACGACUGUUCUACGAUUAAAAAUUGGUGUCUUAGCGGAAUUUAUGACUGUUUAACUAUCAAAUGCAUCAGCAGUUAAAUAAUAAAUUAACAAUAUUUACAUUUUAUAUAUAUAGUUAUAAAAAUAUCAAAAAUCUUAAUAUUAUAAAAAAAUAUAAAAAUUAUAUUUAGAAAGUUAUAGUUUUAAAUUUUUUUAAAAAUUAUAGAAAUCUUUUUAUUUUAAAAUUUUAUGAUAUUAAUUAAAAUAUAAUAGAUAUAUUUUAGUAUUUUUAUAAUUUCAAUUUAAUUUUUUUUUUUGUAUUUAUAUUGUUUUAAAGAAAAAAAUUAUUCUCCCGCAACUGUCCGCAACCGCAGAUGAUAGCUGGAACUAAUUGUGAAUUUAUGAGAUUUAGAGCGGUUUGAAACAGUUUAGAGUGGUUUGAGUGAUUGUCGUAGAAUGUCAAUAACCAUUAUCAACCGCGAAAGAUGGAAGUCGUACGUUGAGAGUUAAGGGCAACCGAAAAAACGUGGAAGCAAUCUAGCGCUAUGUCAAUAUCAAUAUAGGCCUUGUAAUACUAAUGGGCCUUGCUCUAUUUGCUACGUUCAGAAGAAUCCAUACGAAGAGUUGAACUAAUUAGUAACCAACGUGAUUUCGUUUCCAUGAGUAUAAACAACAAAGUUCAUGCAAUUAUCAUGAUCUUUUUCAUUCAUAUGACGUGACAACCAAAAACAGCUAUUGAAUUUGAAUCCUCAAAAGCCUUCUCUUCGUUAAGUUAAUUUCAUAAUUAUUCAAUAUAAUUAUAUAUUAAAACAGGACAUGUGCUGUAAUCCUCUAUCCAAUCUUGUUUUAAAUAGCUCAGAACAGGUAGGAACAUCAUGCACAUCCUAAGUAUUUUGAUGAUGUUUCCUCAUGUUUCUAGCAUGUCUAUGUUUCUCAUAACUACCCUUGUUAUUAUCAUCAUCUCGACCGUAAUGGCAAGACCCUCUUUCUCUACUUCCAAAUCUUCAUCAUCUCCAGAUUUAGAUUCUUCCUAUAAGGUGAAAUCCAAGAGCUUUCUACCAAAGUUAUAUGGAGAUUACGGGUUUUGGAACCCUAGCCCGGUUUAUGGAGGCGGUUUUCCUUAUCCUGGCCCAGUUCCUCAUGGCAGUGUAGGUUCGAAACAGAGACAUAAGGAGCCAAAAUGAGGCCAGAAGCUAUGUUGCAUAUGUUCUUCAACAAAGUUACCUGUGGGUAACCGCGUUUGGUAUAUUGGGGUUCUAUGAAAAAGGUAAUGCUAAGGCAUGCAUACUUACGGCAUAUGAAUAAUGUAUGUGCUUGCUUGUGUUUUGUCAUAGGUAUAUACAGACUAAUAGUCAUAUACACAUUUUGUUCCAUUCUCUAGGUAAACCAUGUAUGUGUAAAUGUAAUCUUAAGAAGUGUCAUUACUCAAAAUCAGGGACGGACGUAGAGAGCACUUAGGUGUGGCACUUGCCCCAUACUAAAUUUUGUAAUUUCUUCAGUAAUUAGCUUACAAUUUAUCUAAUUAUACUUAAUGUAAAUAUUAUUUAUAAUGUGUGCCCCAUACUUAUAACGUCGUUGGAUCCGCCCCUGCUCAAAAUGAUGAGUAAUAGUGUUCUCAAGAAACUUUCCUAUAAAGACUAUGGAGAGCAAUAAGAAACUAACACAACAGGAAAUGUUCUAAGACCAAAUUGUAACUCCCCGGUUCGUCUGUAGGUUCCACCAUCGAGCCGACAGUUGGUAUGUUAAUUUUUAGAGGUUUAGAAGAUUUAUUUACUAACUGUGUAUUCAUCACACAAUUUUUUUGUGUGUUCAGACCUCAUUCACACUUUAUCUUAACCCAGUCUCUAAAAGUUAUUUA